AUGGAUGAGGCAGGAGGAAUAGAUGAAGCAAGACUGUCAGAUGAGGGGGCUAUGGAUGAGGAAGAUGAUGUAGUUGAGGCAGGGGCUCCAAGAAUGUCUGAUGAGGAAGGAGCUGGAGGUGACAUGGGGGUUGCAGGUGUUAUAGGAGCUAUGGGUUGGGUAGGAGCUGCAGGUGAAGUAGGAGCUGCAGGAGAAGGAGGCGUUUUAGAGGCAGGAGCAGGUGAUGAGGGGUCUGCGGGUGAUGAGGGGUCUGCAGGUGAUGAGGGGUCUGCGGGUGAUGAGGAGUCUGUGGGUGAUGAAGGGUCUGGGAGUGAUGAGGGGUCUGCGGGUGAUGAAGGAUCUGUGGAUGGUGGAGGGGCUGUGGGUGAAGCAGGAGCUGUAGGUGAGGCAAGAAUGUCAGAUGAGGAGGGAGCUGCAGGUGACAUGGGAGUUGCAGGCAUUAUAGGAGCUGUGGGAUUGGCAGGAGCCGCAGGUGAGGCAGGAGGUUCAGGAGAGGAAGGGGCCUUUGAUGUGGUAGGAGGGGCACAUGGGGCUGGAGUCUGGACCCAGCAGUGGAGCCAAGCCCUGCAGCCCAUCCUGGAAAACAUGGCCUACCAGGAACUGAGACACUUCUCUGGGAUGGAAGAGCCCGGCUGUGGGGGUCAGUCUUUCGAGAGCUGGCUGGACCAUGCCAAUGACAUGCUAUACCUGUGGCGCCACAUAUCCGAGAGGGAGAGGCGGCGGCGGCUGGUGGAGAGCUUGGGGGGCCCUGCCCUGGAUCUCCUGUGUGAGCUUCUGGAAGAGCAUCCAGACACCCCUGCACAGGACUGCCUGGCUGCACUGGUGCAGGUGUUUGGCAACAAGGAUGCCGCGAUGACCGCUCGGCUGAAGUUCCUGACUUGCUCCCAGCGGCCUCAGGAGACCCUCUUUGCCUAUGUGAUGCGCCUGGAAGGUCUGCUGCAGAUGGCCCUGGAGAAGGGGGCCAUCCAGCCUGCAAUGGUGGAUCAGGCGAGGGUACGGCAGGUGCUGAUGCGGGCCCGGCCCAACCAGAUGCUGCAGAACAACCUGAGAAGGAUGCGGCUGGAGAGGCGGCCACCUGGCUUUGUGGGGCUGCUCAGGCUUGUCCGAGAGACUGAGGCGUGGGAGGCAGCUCUGGCUGAAAAUGCGGUGGUCCCAGUGGGGGAAGGGGUGGAAGUGCAUGGUGGAGAGCUGGAUGUGGCCCAGGCUGCCCUUGUCAGUGUUGGGGGUGCUGAGCCUGCCCCCGCUGUUGGAGAGGCUCUACCAGCUGGUGAAGAUGCUGGCCAGGCUGCUGCUGCUGUUCUUGAGCAGGCUGCUGAGCCUGCUCCUGAUAGUGAUGGUGCCAUAAAGGCAGGCCCUGACCCUGAUGAGGCCAAGGUCUUCCCAGUCACCCAGAGAGAUGAAAAUGCAUCGGCCCCUGCUGGCUCAGGCCAGGCAAGGCCCACUAUGGCUCCUUCAGUCCUCGCUCCAGCCAAAGCUCUGCUCAGUCCUCUCCUGCCCUGUGCCAUAAUCUCCAGGUCUGCUUUCUUGAUAUAA